AUCCUGGAAGAUGGUAAUGAAAGCAAUCCCACACGAUUUCGGGAUGUCGUUUUGUGGUGUGGCGCAGGCGGGGUGCGAUUUUUGCUACGAUACUAUACCAAAUAUACAGGAUACGCGUUGCCCAUCCACUUGUGCGCCGGCCAGUUGCACAGAAAGGACGCGGGAGUGGAAGUGUAGUAGUUCCUCUUGUAUCCCGAGUUGUAAAAAAUCUAAUAUAUAUUUUUAUUUUAAUCGAUAAUAAUAAAGUCCAGCUUUUCAUACACACAUUUAAUUGUGUCUCACUCACUCUCUGUUGGCUUCGAUCCCGGAAACACGCGUACCGUUCCUCAUUCCGAGUAGUGACGACGUCCCGGUAGGAUGAAUCUGUAGUGUCUUCUGGUUUCCUCACCCUAGCAUUGAUAAAGAGGAAAAAAUAGAAUUCAAAUCUAAAUUCUGCUAAAGGAUUUACUUGUACAGUAGCCAUAAGCAUGAAUUUCUCACCCUUUGGGACGCAUUUUCCCGGAACGAUUCCGGGAAUACAUCAAUUUACUAGCAGUGGUCUUGUAACCAGUGUACCUUCGUCUUCGCAUGACACCAAUAAUCGAUAUCACACUAUUAACUCCAACGUCAACAUGGCCCAUUUCAACCAGUCACACGGUCCUAUACUGGGGAAAUUCCGUCCGGAAGAUUCAUCGAACAUGAUAAACAACAAGUACAACGGUCACAAUCCUGGAACUUCAACAAUUCCAGUUACAACCACCAGUGCUCAGUACACUAUUCCUUAUACCCAGCAUUCGGAAGUAACCGAUCACAAGCCACGCAUGUACCCGCAAACAUCAAUUGCCACCACAACGGCUGCUCCUACGCAAACUACACAAGAUCUCAGCCAGGAUAUCAGUGCCUUGCUUCAGCAAGCGGACAGUAAACGAGUCCUUCAAAACCCAACCAGCUGGCAAACGCUUACACCCACGGCUUCUGUCGCAGACUAUCUCUCUCAUCUACCGGGAACGGCUCUUCCACUCUCCCUACAUCAUUUCCUCAAAUACUCGGCCGAAAAUAUCAAGAAGGAAAAUCAACAAAACCCACUUUCUUCGACAAUCGAUAUAGCGCAGACACAGGCGCAAAACGUACAUUCGACAAACAACCAACACACAAACGGUAUGAUACUUCCGGCUUCACAAACUAUCGCCGGAAUCUUAGGGCACCAUAAUCAAUCAGGUGGACAACACCAACAACAAGCACUUCAGGCACAACAAGCUCCGGCUACCAGUACAGGAAAUAAUACAAAUGGUAACGUUGCGGAGAAAAAAAAGAAAUCCAAGAAAAAACCCAAGCCACCAAAACCCCCAAAAGAACGUAAGCCUCGUCCAAGACCUGGAGAAAUUCAAGUAAGAACUGCCCUCGAUGGCAGUCCACUGUUCUUGUGUCCAGAAUGUCAGAUGGCUUACCCCGAACGAGAACUGCUGGAGCAGCAUCUUAUUGGACAUAACCUAGAGCGUCGAUUUAUUUGCGACAUUUGUAACGCCGCGCUAAAACGGAAAGACCAUCUAACGCGCCACAAACAAAGUCAUAACCCAGAACGACCAUUUGUUUGUACUAUAUGCUUAAAGGCCUUCAAACGCAAGGAACAAUUAACUUUGCAUAUAGUAAUCCACUCAGGUGAAAAGCGACACAUUUGUCAAGAAUGUGGGAAAGGAUUUUAUCGCAAGGAUCACUUACGUAAGCAUACCAGGUCACAUAUAGCGCGUCGGCUAAAGGCUGAACUGCAAGCUCAGAAUGGUGGAACAACACCGGCUACAACUGGAACAACGCGGAAGAAGAGUAGUAAGUCAUCCAAGAAUCAACAGGCUCAACAAGCUGCUCAACAACAACAGCAACAACAACAACAGCAAGAGCCACAGCAGCAGCAACAGCAAACUCAACAGCAGCCACAAUUUCAACAAACAACCAUGCAGCAACAACUUCAAUUGCCGCCUCAAGCUAACAUACAGCAGUUGCAAGCUCCCCAAUACCAUCCAAUUCCACCGGCUGGACAGAUGAUGUCUUAAUAUCUAUAUAUAUAAAAAUGAAUUUCUGUCUGUCUGUCUGUCUGUCUGUCUGUCUGUCUGUCUGUCUGUCUGUCUGUUCCCUAUAGACUCGGAAACUACUGAACCGAUUUGCGUGAAACUUGGCAGGUGGGGGUAUUGGAGGCCGGGGAAGGUUCCUAUUAUGGUUUGAGAUCCCUCCCUCUCUCAAUAAGGGAGGGGGGGUCCUCCCAAACAAAAGACAAUUUUUUGCAUAACUCGAGCACGCAUCAAGCAAAUGGUAUAAAAAUUGGCAUGAGGUGGUAAUUGGGUACGAAAAAUAUUCCUAUGAAUAUUAGGUACCCUUCCCUCCUCUCAGUGGGGUGAUAGGAAGGGGGGAGGGGGCUACCUUACAAUUUUUAACAUAACUCGAAAACUAAACAAGAUAUUGGAACCAAAUUUGGCACGGGAAGGUAUUGGGAUACGAAAAAUCUUUCAAUGAUUAUUUGAGACCCCUCCCCCCUUUUUGUAGAAACGGGGAGGGGGCCUCUUUCAUAUUUUUUUACAUAACUCAAAAACUAAUAAAGCAAAUGGAACCAAAUUUGGCAUAGGAGGGUAUUUGGAUAUGAAAAAUAUGUAUAUGAUUAUUUGAGAGCCAUCCCUCUUUCCAGUAGGGAGAAAUAAAGGGGGGAGGGGCCUCUUUUAUAAUCUUUUACACAACUCAAAAACUAAUUAAGCAAACAGAAUCAAAUUUGGCAUGAGCGUUUAUUUGGGAACGUGACAUGUUCUUAUGAUUGUUUGAGAACCCUUCCUUCUUCCAGUGGGGAGAAAGGAAAGAUGGAGGGGAGUUUCAUACAAUUUUUACAUCAUAACUCAAAAACUACAACAGCAAAUGGAACCAAAUUUGGCAUGGAACGAUAUUUGGGGACAAAAAAUGCUUCUAUGAAUAUUUGGUAUCCUUCACUCCUUCAAAGAGGUGGAUGAAAAGGGGGACAAUUUUCAGUAUAACUGGAGAGUUGAUCGAGCAAAUUGAACCAUAUUUGGCAUAUGAGGGUAUUUGGAUUCGAGAAAUGUUUCUAUCAUAAAUUGAAGCCCCACCUUUUUUUCAGCGGAAAGAUAUAAAGAGGGAAAGGGGGCCUCCAUACAAUUUUUUUGCAUAACUCGAGAAUUUAUCGAGCAAAUGAAACCAAAUUUGGCAUCAAAAGGUAUUUGAGUACGAAAAAUACUUUUUCUAUGCGAAACAAUUCCUUUCUUGCAGUAGAAUGAUAGAAUUGGGAAUAUAGGAAGGGAAGAGGAGGCUUACAUUUAACUUUUUUUUACAAAAUCCGAGAAAUGGACAAAACUUAACAUGGAAAAUCAUUUUGGUAUGAUUCUAUGAUUAUCUGACACACCAUCCUCCUUUCAGGAGGGAGGUGAGCUCAAUACAAUUUUGUUAGCAUAUGUUCUCAAUUUAUGCUAACGAAGCCAACAAAUGGAAACAAACAUGGCAUGGAAAGGUAUUUGGUUACGAGAUACGUUUCUACGAUUGUUAUAGAACCUUACGCUUUACAGUGUAGAGAGAGGAAGAAAGGAGAAGGCUCCAUAUACAGUUUGUUGUAAAGCUUUAAAACUUUUUAACCAAUGGAACUAUAUUUGAUAUAAGAGGAUUUUUGGGAACGAAUA